GCUAGUUAAUGCGUGGCUAAUUUAUUACUGUAGCUAGCUAAUUUAGCUAGUCUAGUACAAAUUAUUUUAGCUCGCUGAAGUUGCAAGAACUAGCUACUCCGACGCUGUUUAGUUAGCUAAAUAGCAAACUAACUUAGCUACUGUAGUUGUCUACAAACGUUACCAACUUUGCACAGUUCGUAGUCGGCAAUGCAGAAGAGUGACGUUAGCUGAUGGCUAAACCUAGCGGUGUUGCAGCCGAGUUGUUGACUCUUGAGACAUGCCUCCCACACAGGAGGUUGGUGGCACUUUAAUUGGGGAGGACAGGCUCGUGGGAAUGGCUGGAGUGGAACGUUAUCAAAAUGAUACCAUUCCAUUUACUCCGUUCCAGCCAUAUGAGCCGUCCUCCCUUCAGCAGCCUCCAUCGGUGGUGCUCCCCCGCGACUUAUGGCACCGGUUUAUUGUUGACAGGUGUUGGGACCACAACGCCUUCUUCAUUAGCGGGAAGAGAGCCGGGAUAAUUCAAGGCCAUAUGGCAAAGACGGGUGCAACGUUUGUUUGAUGGUUUUACAGUUGGCAAUGUUGGGUAGCCAGUCUGUAGCUUCCCUGACGACCAAAUGCCUGGUACAGUUGUUGUGGUGGUGUACUACUCACUGGCUGUCUAGCCAGUUACAUCAUACAUGUCAGAGGGAAGAUGUUCGACAAAGUUAUUCGUUAUUUCUUUCAAAACCUGACAACUAAAUGCAAAGUCAGUGAAGAUGAGGAGAAUAUCUUAUCUACAGCUGGGGAGUUACAGAUUGAGGACUUCAAAGUUCUCACGCUCCUUGGUAAGGGCUCCUUUGCGUGUGUUUACCGGGCAAAGUCAGUUAACACUGGCUUGGAGGUGGCGAUCAAAAUGAUUGACAAAAAAGCCAUGCACAAAUCUGGUAUGGUCAAGCGUGUGAGUAAAGAAGUGGAGAUUCAGUGUCGAUUGAAGCAUCCGUCAAUACUAGAGCUGUACACCUACUUUGAAGACAGUAAUUAUGUGUACUUGGUGUUGGAGAUGUGCCAUAAUGGAGAGAUGAGUCGAUACCUGAAAGAUAGGAAGAUGCCCUUCUCAGAGGGUGAAGCAAGGCACUUCAUGCAUCAAAUAGUGAAAGGUAUGCUGUACUUGCAUACACAUGGCAUCAUGCAUCGGGACCUGACCUUGUCCAACAUGCUGCUGUCGGGCAGUAUGAACCUUAAAAUAGCUGACUUUGGCCUGGCCACCAAGCUGAAGCUCCCCAGCGAGAAGCACUUCACCAUGUGUGGCACACCCAACUACAUCUCCCCAGAGGUGGCCACCCACAGUGCCCACGGCCUGGAGUCUGAUGUCUGGUCUCUGGGCUGCAUGUUCUACGCCUUCCUGAUGGGCCGGCCCCCGUUUGACACAGACACGGUGAAGAACACCCUCAACAAGGUGGUUCUGGGGGAGUAUGACAUGCCCAGCCAUGUGUCCCAGGAGGCCCAGGACCUGAUCCAUCAGCUGCUGAGGAAGGACCCUGCGCAACGGCCCAGCCUGUCUGCCGUGCUGGAGCACCCCUUCAUGACCCAAAGCCUGCUGGCCAGAAUCAAGGAGCGGAGCCUGGGGGAGCCAGGCUCCAUGGACAGCGGCAUCGCCACCAUCUCCACAGCCUGCACCUCGUCCACGUCCGGCAGCAGCAGCAGCAGCAGUCUCCAGAGGAGAGCCAGGCGUGUGAUGGGACCUGCCUUGCCCAAUCGCAUGAUGCCUAUCCCUACACUGCCCCGGCCGCCCAGCAACGCCUGCUUUGAUGGGGUUGAGCAGUGGCAGCAGCAGCACUCAGACAGAGUAGGCAGGAGCAGAGCUGCACUGGGUGGGAAGAGUGGACGGCCCCACUCCAGGUACCUACAAAGGGCUCACUCCUCAGACCGGUCUAGCUCCUCUGUCACUCCAGUCCAGGGGAUGGGGCAGGCAGAGCUGGAGAGGUGCCACUCUGAGGAGAUGCUGACUGUGUCAGGGAGACUGGCCUUUCCCAUGUCUUCCAGCUACAAGGACACUCCACAACCCGUCGCAGAACAUGGAAAGCUCCCAUUGCUGCCUGUCAAAAAGACAGCCAGCUCAGGAUGUUCAUAUUCCACACAACCACCACGUCCACUAAACCUGCAGUUAGAAGAGUCAGAAGGUGUACAAAAUUGGUUCAGUAAAGAAGGCCCGUUUCCGAGGCCCACGGAUGUCAGCGCUCACAGCAGCAGUGGCAGUUUCCAUAGCAGCAGGGAGCCUCUAGGUGUACACAACUACUGGAGUGAUAAACCAGCAGGCAGAGGGACCAGUUCUCACCGCAACCACAACCAGCACCACCCCUCAAACACUCAGUCCUACUGGGAGAAUGGGCAACGAGUACAUGGGGGAGAGCUGCAGAGUCUGUCUAAACCCAAACCAAGUAUAGCAAAGGAGAAGUCCCUGAGAAAUGUGCUCCCUCCCCUGUGUGCCUCCAGACUGAAACCCAUCAGACAGAAGACUAAAAUCGCUGUGGUGAGCAUUCUUGAUACAGGAGAGGUGUGUAUGGAGCUUCUCAGGGGCCAGGGCCCCCAGGAGAGGGUCAAAGAGGUCCUUAGGAUAUCCGGUGAUGGUUUGAUGGUCACUAUUUACCAGCCCAAUGAGGGGAAGGGUUUUCCUGUACUAGAGCGCCCCCCUGCUCCUCCCGAGGACAUCUUGAUCUGCAGCUAUGAGGACUUACCAGAGAAGUACUGGAGGAAAUACCAGUAUGCCUCCAAGUUUGUGCUCCUGGUGAAAUCCAAGACUCCCAAAGUUACCCUCUAUACCAAGUCUGCUAAGUGUAUGCUGAUGGAGAACUCCCCCAAUGCAGACCUGGAGGUGUGCUUCUACGAUGGAGCAAAGAUCCACAAGACGUCGGAGCUGGUCCGGGUGGUGGAGAAGAGUGGGAAGUCGUACACAGUGAAAGGGGAGGUGGGUCUGAGUGGCCUCAGCCCAGAGAGCAGGCUGUAUGUAGAGCUGUCUGACGAGGGCCACAGCAUGUGUCUUUCUCUAGAGGCGGCAAUCACUGCAGAAGAGCAGCACAGUGCCAAGAGCACGCCUUUCUUCCCCAUCACCAUCGGCAGGACAAUGACCCAAAACACACCUCCAGGCUGUGCAAGGGCUAUUUGACCAAGGAGAGUGCUGCAUCAGAUGACUAGAGUGCUGCAUCAGAUGACUAGAGUGCUGCAUCAGAUGACUAGAGUGCUGCAUCAGAUGUCUAGAGUGCUGCAUCAGAUGUCUAGAGUGCUGCAUCAGAUGUCUAGAGUGCUGCAUCAGAUGACUUGGCUUCCACAAUCCCCCGACCUCAUCCCAAUUGAUGGUUUGGGAUGAGUUGGACUGCAGAGUGAAGGAAAAGCAUGCAACAAGUGCUCAGCAGAUGUGGGAACUCCUUCAAGACAGUUGGAAAAGCAUUCCUCAUGAAGCUGCUUGAGAGAAUGCCAAGAGUGCAUAGCUGUCAUGGCAAAGAGUGGCUACUUUGAAGAAUCUCAAAUACAAAAUAUAUUUAGAUUUGUUUAGCACUUUUUUGGUUACUACAUGAUUCCAUAUGUGUUAUUAACAUAGUUUUGAUGUCUUCACUAUUGUUCUACAAUAUAGUAAAAAUAAAGAAAAACCCUUGAAUCAGUAGGUGUGUCCAAACUUGUACUGGUGAAAUAGCCUUCAUUUCUCAGAACAAGAAUACUGACGAGUUGCAAAAGAAAGGUCUUUGUUUCUGGACAUUUUGAGCCUGUAAUCGAACCCACAAAUGCUGAUGCUCCAGAUACUCAACUAGUCUAAAGAAGACCAGUUUUAUUGCUUCUUUAAUCAGGACAACAUUUUUCAGCUGUGCUAACAUAAUUGCAAAAGGGCUUUCUAAUGAUCAAUUAGCCUUUUAAAAUGCUAAACUUGGAUUAGCUAACACAACGUGCCAUUGGAACACAGGAGUGAUGGUUGCUGAUAAUGGGCCUCUGUAGGCCUAUGUAGAUAUUCCAUAAAAAAUCAGCCGUUUCCAGCUACAAUAGUAAUGUCCACACUGUAUUUCUGGUCAAUUUGAUGUUAUUUUAAUAGACAAAAAUGUGCUUAUCUUUCAAAAACAAGGACAUUUCUAAGUGCCCCCAAACUUUUGAACAGUAGUGUAUGUCAGCCGGUCCUUGUGUCACUAAUCUUGCUACUCUGUUUGUCCC